AUGGGCAAGGGAGGCCGCAUCGCAUGUAUUGCGGUGCCAUACCUAUGGACAAUAGGAGCUCUGAUUGCCCUCAUUUUCGUGGGCUUAGGCUCAACAGACGAGGAUUCGUCUACUUUGAACAAGUUGUAUUUCAUGAGAGCCGAUCUUUCGAAUGUCACCCACGUCGAGGCUACGAGAUUCGGCGACCGGUUACUUAAUGUCACUUAUACCCACAUGAGAAAUGCUACCGAGGAGCUCGCCAAGGCCAUGGAAGAGGCAGAGGAGGACUCGGAGCUGCGCGACUUCUACAACAUCGGCGUCUUUGGUUACUGCACGGGCGACAAGGAGGGCGACAAGUUCAUUGUAGACUUUUGCAGCAAGCCCAAGGGCAGCUUCUGGUUCAACCCGCUCGAGGUCUGGCACCUGAACAUCAGCGGCGUGCCGGACUUGCUGCCGUCGCAUCUCCAGUCUGAGCUCAAGACGUACCAGAAGGUGUCGCACUGGAUGUUUGUUGCGUAUGUCCUUGCAUUUGCCACUACUUGCAUUCAGUUGCUGGUAGGCUUUUCGGCCAUCUUCAGCCGCAUUGGAAGCUUAUUCACGACUCUCGUCGCAGUGGUUGCGACAAUCUUCAUGCUAGCGGCUAACAUCACUGCGACCGCCCUGUUUGUUACCCUGACCGGCGUCUUCAACUCUUCUCUCAAAGAAUACGGCGUGACGGCACAUCUCGGCGGGAACCUCCUUGCCGCUUCAUGGCUGGCCGUUGCCCUGUCCAUGGCAAGCUCUGUCCUGUGGCUCUUCAGCUCAUGCUGCUGCUCUGGUCGCACUGAAGCUCGUCGUGUUUCGCCAAAAGGCAACUAUGAAAAGGUUGACCCAGCAGGCGGCGCGUCGACACAGCACAACGGCCACACCACGGCGCCGGCUCCCACGUUCGACAAGACGAAUACGGCGUACGAACCAUAUCGUCACCAGUGA